AUGGAUUCCAUUAGAACUUCACAAAUUAAGGCAGUCAUACAACAUGUAUCAGAGUCAGUGUUUGUGGGACUGUGUCAUAAACUGGGGACCUCACAACAAGUGGCCACGAGGAGAGAUGUGAUGGACAUCAAGGAUAUGGUUUCAAAUCAAGUGACAACAACUCAUGAGAACAGUUUUAUUGUGAGUGGAAGUCGCAGAGAAGGAUUCAGACUGAAAGAAUCAGAUAGAGAUUUUAUGGCCUGGCCAAAUGAUCAUCGUGUGAUCUGGGAUUUAUCUCAAUCUCGAUAUUACAACACAUACAGGCAAAAACUGAUCCUCUGUGACUGUUCUAAUAGUCCACCGGGAUUCACUUUGUUAUUUUCACUGUCAUCAAGCAUUAACAGAAAAAUCCAGAGAGCCUGUGUUAGAAUGAAUGACAGGCAUUAUAUAUCUAGUACUAAAUACAGAGAGAUUCUGUGUUCGGUAUCAUCACGAUUUCAUCCACAUGGUCCCUGUGUCAGUGGAAUUUUUGGAACAACAGAAUAUGACUGUGCUAACUGUUUUGUUUGUGAUUUUUGGCCUCCAUCUGCCUCCUCCUGGAUAGAUAGAUGUGAUUCAUGGCCCAAGUCUCAUAUUGUUGAUGAUAUAGUACAAAAUGGAUGUCAUGUUGUACCGAUUGGACAUAAACUAGGAAAUCAUGAGCACAAUGAAUGGAGAAUUUCAUUCUCUUUGGCAGAACAAAAACUUGUCUACUCAAUGAACCACUGUCAAUUCUCAACUUAUGGCCUACUUAAAUUGUUCUUAACAGAACUUAUAAACAAAGGAUUACGUGAUGAUGAUAAAUUACUGUGUUCCUAUCACAUGAAGACUUCAGUUUUCUGGGUGAUUCAAAAAAAUUCAAUACCUGAAUGGUGUCCACAAAAUCUCUUGGAUGGUUUCUGGGUCUGCUUUAAACUCAUUCUCAAAUGGGUGCAUGAGGGGGUCUGUCCUAACUUUUUCAUUCCAGGUAACAACAUGUUUCUCAGUAAAAUUCAUGGUGAAGCACAGCAUCAAUUAUUUAUUAGACUGUAUGGGUUGUAUGAGAAAGGUUUAGCAUCCCUGCUACACAUUCCCUCGAUUGGGUCUUGUAUUAUAAAUGUCUUUCAUAACCCCAGGCUCUCCAUUUGUACACAUGAACAUUCCCUGACUUCUGAGAGUUAUUUUGAUGUAAAUCUAUUUCACGAAAUACAUAGCAGCGACAUAUUAAUCUCAUUAAACCUACAAGACUGCAUGAAGCAUCUACAUACAAUAGAACAUAUGAUAGGUUCACUCCUCUUGACAGAGUGUCAAGUCAUUAUGCUACAGAAACUUACAGCUUAUGUCCUUCAAAAAAAUGCUUUUAUAUUACACAUGAAGACUUGUAUACUUAAAAAUAAACCGAGAUAUGGAGCUGACAAAAUUUCCUGUCACAUGCUGAAAUUAGCAGCAAAUUUUGGUUGUAUUACUGAUAUGCUGUAUAUAGCCAUGUAUUAUUACAAUACACUUAGAUACAUGAAAGCUUUAUCUAUUGUAGAGAUUAUCAAGGUCAAGUUAGCACAGCCAUAUGUAAUGCUCUAUAAUGUAGAUAUAGAUAUGUAUAACGAGGCUAUGAGGGGACAGACUUGGUCAACAAAAAUGAGACAGGCUGUUGCAUGGAAUAUCACAAUUUGCAAUCAAAUCCAUUACAUCAGUGAAUUGAUACCAGAACAACAGUCUUGUUUACAGAGCCAUAUAUUUUUAAUAAAUGUUCCACCCGUUAUACUGUUAUACAUGCUAGAGAUUUUGUGUUACAGACAUGUAGACACAAUGAGAGCACAAACGGCUCUAGAUGAUCUUCAGACUCUAGUUCACAAUGAUAAAGGAGAACUUAUAGAUUUAAAACUCAGAGACAUAUCAUGGCAGAUUCUUGGGAUUUGUCAACAGGUGACAGGGAACCUCCAGGCUGCUCUGUAUUCAUACCAUCAAUCUCUCAGAGUACCACUUCACAAAAUACAAACAGCUACAGAACUGAGAAUACAGGGAAUUUGUCAAUUAAUGCAAAAUACUUGA